UUGGAAGUUGACGAGGGAGAGGAUGUGUUGCUUGAAACCCGGGACGCCUUUGACGGGCAGAUGCGUCCCGGCGUCACCGAAGCGGAUUUCGCGGGCAUGGACGCCGGUGUUAUCCAUCCGCUCACCGGACCCGUGGCCGUCAAGGGCGCAGCACCGGGAGACCUGCUGGAGGUCGAAUUCGUGGACAUCCAGCCGCAGCCCCACGCUUUCAGCGUGAUCUUCCCCGGCUUCGGAUUCCUGCGGGAUGUGUUCACCGAACCUUUCAUGGUGCACUGGAACAUCGCUGAUGGAUUUGCCACCUCCGACCAGAUACCGGGAGUGCGGGUCCCCGGCGCGUCAUUCAUGGGGGUUUCCGGGGUAGCGCCGUCGCAUGCGCAGCUGUCGGAGUGGACGCGACGCGAGGCCGAAUUAGCUUCGCGGGGAGGUGUGGCCCUGCCGCCGGACGCGGGCGGCGCGGUUCCCAUUGCCGGCGUUGGCGCCACCCACGGCAUCCGCACCCUGCCGCCGCGGGAAAACGGUGGAAACUUCGACGUGAAGCAGCUUUCCACGGGUUCGAAGCUCCUGCUGCCGGUGGCCGUGGAGGGCGCGCUGUUCUCCACCGGGGAUGCUCAUUUCGCCCAGGGCGACGGCGAGGUCUGCGUCACGGCGGUGGAGAUGGGAGCGACGUGUACCGUCCGCUUCCGAGUGUUGAAGGGCGAAGCGGAGCGGCAGAACAUCCGCUGGCCCCGGUUCAGCCGGGAGGACUACUACAUUGCGCCGGAGUGGGCCGCGCCGCGUCGGUUCGUAGCAACGAUGGGGAUGCCGGUUAGGGAGGACGGCGUGAACGAAGGAGAGAACCUAACGCUGGCCUGCCGGAACGCCAUCCUGAACAUGAUCGACCUGUUGCAGGAGCGUGGGUUCAGCCGCGACCAGGCAUACGUGAUCUGCAGCGUGGCGGUGGACCUGAAGGUAAGCAACGUGGUGGACGUGCCCAACUUCGUGGUGUCGGCGUUCCUGCCGGAGGAUCUGUUUGUGGGGUAG